UUACUGCUGUCUACUCUAGUGUCAACCUGUCAUCUGUCAAACUAAUCCUUAGUGUUGGUGUUUAUGGUUGAAAGUUUAGGUUAGUGGUACGUUUGAUCUAGUAAUAUUUUGAAAUUAUACUAUUUAAAAAUCCUUAAUUUAAAUGGCUGAAAAAGAAGAGGAAGCAAAAGGAAAGAUUCAUUUAAAUCCCUUUGAUUUAGAUGGCCAACAAUUUCAUCCUGAUAUGUAUAUGCAAAAACUGCUAAAGGAAUGUUCACUUCAACAAAUUAUGGAUCACGAGACAGAAAUUGUGAGAGACACUCUGACCCUCCAUUCUGAUAUGCAGACCCUUGUGUAUGAGAACUAUAACAAGUUCAUAUCUGCCACAGAUACUGUGAGAAAGAUGAAAAGUGACUUCAAGAAAAUGGAGGAUGAAAUGGAUUUAUUAGCAAAGAACAUGGAUUCCAUUACUUCAUUUUCUGAAUUGAUAUCAUCAACUUUACAGGAUUCUCGGCAGCAAAUAGCACGACUGUCUGGUAUCCACUCUCUCCUGAAGAGACUACAGUUCCUAUUCAAACUGCCGACCAAGCUGAAGGCACUGAUGGAGGAAGCUAACUACGCGCAGGCAGUCCAGGACUAUCUGCACACACAGAGGGUUCUGGAACAGUACGGGAACCUGGAGUCGUUCCAAGGAAUCCAACAGGAGUGUGAAGAUAUCUUAGCCCAGCUGAAGGAACGACUGAGGGCACAAUUCAAGAGCAAAGAUGCCACGGCCAAGGAGUUGGCGGAGAGUGUGGACUUGCUGCUACAGUUGGACGAGCCGGCCGAGGCUCUCUGUACGGAGUUCCUAACUCACGCAGAGAUCAGGCUGAGAGACCAGCUGGCGUUGAUGCGAGACACUGCGUGCCAGGACCUGAUAGAGUUUGUGGACCUUGGCAGCAAUGGUUUCCUGAGUGAUCUCUGCUUCGUGGUUACCUCCUACAAUGAUAUGUUUAUCAACAGGCCGGCUUGUUGUGAUACCCAGGCGGCCGGGAAGCUGAGCAACUUUGUGUUUGACAACAUGCACCAGUACUUCGAUCUCGUCCAGAGCCGAAUCGAGUCACAACAGGACGGAGGGGAUUCUGGCAUUCUGGUCCGGGCAUUGGACCGGUUCUACAGGCGGUUGUCUGCGGUCAAUUCUCUCUUCCCUGAUGAUGACUUUGUCAACUCAGGGAUGGAGAUAGUGAUGCGCUCGGCGAGGCGGCAGUGUCGCGCUCACCUCCAUGCACUCAAAGCCCAGCUGACUGACAGUCUGUCACACGUGAGGCAGGCACUGGCCGCACCGCGACUGUUGACACACACCAUGCCAGGGGACACCCCGGUCAACUCCUCCCUCUCCACCGAGCUUGUCACCCAGCUGGUGUUGGCCAACGUAGAAAAAGUCAAGGGUGUUCUCCAGGAUUUGCUUGUUUUCACUCAGCCAGACCUGGUGUUCGCUGCCAAGCCCAAGUUCCUGGAAGCGUUCUGUGUGGACUCGGUGCGCGAGGGGCUGGUCGUCGGGUUUAUCCACCACCUGACCGCCACGGCUCGGUCGUUCUGCUCACACACCGUGCCCUCCCUCCCCCUGUUGCUGGUUCUGUCCAAGACCUGUCUGGAGUUUGAGGCCACCAACAUACAAUAUCUCUUGGGAGUGACGGACGAAUGGUUCAGCACAGACACUCAGCUGGGAGCGUUGCUGACCACGGAACAGGAGAUGUGCGCCGGCAUGAGGCUGGCGGCGCAGGAGCUGCUCAAUCAUUACGUCAGGAUGCAAGGAUUGGCCAUAUCUCAGAUGCUGCGCAAGUCUGUCGAGACGAGAGACUGGCUACACAGCCUGGAGCCGCGCACCGUCAGGGCUGUCAUGAAGAGAGUCAUGGAAGAGAUGGCUACAGUUGACUCACAGGUGGGGCUGCUGUUUGAGGAGGGCUCCCAGACAGAGCACAGUUCGGACUCCAGCCACAAGACACAGUCGAGGCUACACCGCAGCACUGCCAGCAACUGGUCCAGCCACUCUCUCGCUGCCAGCCACAUACACAAACUGUUCUCAGAACGGAUAGAGAUCUUUGCUCCUGUCCAAUUUAGCAAAGUCUCCAUACUGACCGGUGUCAUCAAAAUUAGUCUCAAGACAUUGCUGGAGUGUAUAAGACUGAGGACAUUCUCCAGGUACGGUCUGCAGCAGAUACAAGUAGACUCCCACUACCUGCAGCUGUACCUCUGGAGAUACGUGGCUGACGAGAACCUCGUACAGUGCCUGUUGGACGAGAUACUGAGCAGUGCUGUACACCGCUGCCUCGACCCUGUACUGAUGGAGCCAAGUGUCGUCGAUAUCAUCUGUGAACGUGGCUGAACAGUCACCACUUCUGUACACUGAAUUGUUACGUUGUAAGCACGGUUACGUUUGUACAUUAUAUUUACUAAUUUAAGACUUGUAAAAAAAUAUCCAGUGAUCUUUA